GAGAGAGAGAGAGAGAGAGAGAGAGAGAAGAACCAGCCAUGGCAAACGCAGAUGUUGAGGCGGUGGACUUCGAACCGGAGGAUGACGACCUCAUGGACGAGGACGGAGCCCCUGACGCUGACGCCUCCGCGUCUCCCCGUGCCCCUCUCCCCAAGCUCAAGUCCGCCAUCACUGGCGGCGGCGCGUCAUCCUCACUUCUCCCCCAGAAGAAGACCAAGGGCCGUGGUUUCCGCGAGGAUCCCAACGCCGACCGCAACAGCCGCCUUACCGGCGCCGACUUCGAUUCCCUCAAGUCCUCGGACGGCCUUGAGCCCCAGCGCUCAAUUGAAGGUUGGAUUAUUCUGGUCACUGGAGUUCACGAGGAGGCCCAAGAGGAUGAUUUACAGAACGCGUUUGGUGAAUUUGGGGAGAUCAAGAAUUUGCAUUUGAAUCUCGAUCGCCGUACUGGUUUCGUCAAGGGGUAUGCACUUAUUGAAUAUGAGAAUUUUGAGGAAGCACAAGCUGCAAUAUCUGGAAUGAAUGGCGCUGAAUUUCUCACCCAGACUGUCACUGUGGACUGGGCCUUCAGCAAUGGCUCUUUCCUCGAUAACAGAAAGAAGAACACAAGGCCGCUAAGAGAGCGUCGCUCGAGGAGUCCCAGGAGGAGAUAUUAAUUUGAUGUAUUUUUAUUGUGAGGAAAUGCGGAUUCUCAAUGAGGGGUUCAAUAUCUGUACUAUUUGAGUUCAAAAGGUUUAGUCAAUGCUCGCAAUUCGCCUGUUUUUAUGGUUUCAUCUCUGUUUCCUUUAGGGUUCGCUAGAAGAUGAGUUCCUUGUUACUGAUUUGUUUCAAUUAACUUGGGGAUGCUUUAAUGGUGUGGUUCUGAUUUUAAAGACACCAGUAAAGAUGAAUGACGAUUUUGUAAGAUUGACGUAGAUUUUGCCUUAAUUUCAUCUUCCUGCUUCUCAUCGUUGUAUGUUUACUUGUUAUGAAAGUCUUAUUUUUAUUGUAUUUUGCCAUUGCAACAGUUUGUUAGUGGUUCAUGAAAAUCGAUUUUUGUUUUUCCCUCAAA